ACUAGCUGACCGUUCGCAUCCUACCGUCGAGACGUUAGGUUUUCUAGUUGUUCGCCUCUUCUUAUUCAGUGUCACGCACAGCUAUGGCUUGUGGUGGCGGUUGUUGCGGCGCUGCUCAGCCAAGUGCUAUGGCUGUCGAGCCUGUUGUCCAAGGAGAGACUCUCUCUGAAAGUCUCCCUGAGGAAGGCGGCACUGGCUCAGCACGCUCGUCAAGUGAGACGCAGGGCGCGUCUUGCAAAGAUGAUGGCUGCUGCAAGCCGGACCAGAAAAACGUGCCGGAGCCGGACUAUUGCUGUUCGCCAACGAAUAUACCACAAAUUGCCACAGAAAGCUCCCGCAAGACAGUCACAGGUGGUUGUUGCUCAAAGAAGCCUUCGGCGAACAGCCGCGAUGAUGAAUGUCCACCAGGUGGUGUUCAAACUGAUACACAGCAACGUCCGCCUCCAAGAGUCACGAGCUGUUGUUCCGAAACGGCGAGUAAACCGGCCUGCUGCACAACCGAAAAGAAGUUAACGGCACUGCCGCCAGUUGUCCUAGACCAUUAUGUACAGCAGGGCGCGGGCGGGUGUUGCGAGAGGGGCCCAUCGGCGAGCAGCUGCGCUGAUAAGAGCCCAGCAAGUGUUGAUCAAGCAGACCCAUCCCCGAACACCACGGGCUGCUGUCCCGCAACUCUUAGCAAACUGGCCUGCUGUGCAACCAAAAAGAAGACCAACACCGCGAUAUGUGGCUCCGAAACCACCAGCAAAUCGAACUGCUGCACGACAAAAAAGAAGACCAGCACCACAGUUGCCGCCCUCGAAAUCUCAUCUACGGACCACAACCCAAUCGACGUAGAAAAGAGCAGCGCGGGCAUCGAACACAUCGUCCUCAGCAUAUCCGGUAUGACCUGCACUGGCUGCGAGACCAAGCUCCAGCGCACCCUCGGCACCCUGCCCUACCUGCGCAACCUCCGCACUAGUCUCGUCCUCGCACGCGCCGAGUUCGAUAUCGACCACCGCAUCGCAAGCGUCGAGGACGUGAUUCGGCACCUCUCGCGCACGACUGAAUUCAGGUGCGAGCAGGUCUCGAUGCAAGGCUCGAGUUUCGAGCUCGUGUGCAAGGGGAGGGCGGCGGUGGUUGCGGAUGGUAAGUGGCCGGUUGGUGUGGUCGAGAUACGGGCGCUCGACAAGGAUACGGUGCGUGUUGCGUAUGAUGCGAGUACGGUGGGGGCGAGAGAUUUGGUGGAGAGGGGGUGGGAGAGUGCCAUGCAGCUGGCGCCAAUGCGGCUGGAUGCUUCUCUUGACGCUGGGAAGAGGCAUGUCUGGCACAUGGGGCUGAUGACGCUGCUGUCGGCGUGUCUUACCAUCCCGGUCCUGGUUAUGGCGUGGGCACCGCUUCCGCGUCGGGAGGUCGCGUAUGGGUCUGCCUCGCUUGCUUUGGCUACUAUUGUGCAGGUGUGUGUUGCGGGGCCUUUCUAUCCGAAGGCGCUGAAAGCACUUGUGUAUUCUCGGGUCAUCGAGAUGGACUUGCUGAUCGUGCUGAGUACGAGCGCUGCCUACGUGUUCUCGGUGGUGUCGUUCGGGUACAUGAUUGCUGGCAGUCCGUUGUCUACGGGGGAAUUCUUCGAGACCAGUACGCUGCUGGUCACCUUGAUAAUGGUCGGGCGAUGGGUCGCGUCGCUGGCUCGGCAAAAGGCUGCCGAGUCCAUCUCUAUACGAUCUCUUCAAACACCUACUGCCAUACUUGUCGAAGACAAUGGCCAAGGAAAGGUCAUCGAUGCCCGACUUCUCCAAUACGGCGAUAUCUUCAAAGUAGCACCAGACUCACAAGUACCCACCGAUGGCACCGUAGUCGAGGGAUCGUCUGAAAUCGACGAGUCGAUGCUGACCGGCGAGUCGAAGCCCGUCGAGAAGCACAUCGGCUCUCCCAUCAUCGCAGGCUCAAUCAACGGCCAGGGCAUGCUCACAGUCCGCCUGACGCGCCUGCCCGGCGACAACACCAUCACCACAAUCGCGAGCAUGGUCGACGAAGCGAAGCUGUCCCGGCCAAGAAUCCAGGACAUCGCAGACAAAGUCGCGAGCUACUUCGUCCCGGUCGUAGUCGCCCUCACGAUUGUGACAUUCGUCGUUUGGGUUGCGGUAGGCGUCGCGGUUCGCAAGCAGUCCGGGUCGCAGGCCACCAUCGAAGCCAUCACGUACGCCAUAACCGUGCUGAUCGUAUCGUGUCCGUGUGCCAUCGGUCUGGCAGUCCCGAUGGUUAUUGUCAUAGCAUCUGGCGUCGCCGCACGCCGCGGCGUCAUCUUCAAAUCUGCUGCCAGCAUUGAGGUUGCGUACAAGGCGACGGAUGUUGUGUUUGAUAAGACAGGGACAUUGACACUCGGCCAGCUCACCGUUGUCGAGCACUCGACUGUCUACGCCGAUCAGGUGUUGAGUAAGUCGCUACUACUUGGGCUGCUAGCUAAUAUCAAGCACCCGGUCUCCGCCGCUGUCGCAUCGCAUCUAGUCAGAGAUGGUGUUGCCGCAACCGCCGUUCAGGAUACCAAGGCUGUGACUGGAAAGGGCGUCCAGGGCAGCUGGCAGGGAACUGAGCUACGAGCCGGCAACGCACAGUGGCUUGGUCUAGCCGCACACCCAGCAGUCCAAGCGUUGCUAGACAAAGGCCUGACAGUGACUUGCUUCACCAUCGACGGCGCCAUUGCAGCCAUCUACGGACUCCACGACACCCUCCGUCCAGACGCUGCAGCGACCAUAUCAGCGCUUCAACGGCGCGGACUCACCAUCCACAUCCUGUCCGGCGACGACGACGGCGCCGUCCAAGCCGCCGCCCGCCACCUCUCGAUCCCGCGCAGCAACAUACGCUCCCGCUGCUCACCAGCAGACAAACGCGACUACAUCGCCGCUCUCGAAACCCAAUCAGCGAGCAAGAAGCCGCGAAAACCAGUCAUCCUCUUCGUCGGCGACGGCACCAACGACGCCGUCGCCCUCGCACAGGCCACAGUCGGCAUCCACAUGUCCAGCGGCACGGACAUCGCGCAGUCGGCCGCCGACGUGGUGCUCGUGCGCCCCGAGCUGGCGGGCCUGCUGACGCUGCUCGCCAUCAGCAGGAAGGCGAUGCGCAGGGUGGCGUUUAAUUUCGGGUGGAGCUUUGUGUAUAACACGCUGGCGGUGCUGUUGGGCGCGGGCGCGUUUGUGAGUGCGCGGAUUCCGCCUGAGUUUGCGGGGCUGGGGGAGCUGGUUAGUGUUCUGCCGGUUGUUGCUGCGGCGGUGCUGCUUAGGUGGUCGAAGAUCUGAGGGGUGUUGGAGGAUCGGGGGUUUGUUGUGGGUUGGAGUGGGGGUCUGGGGAGGGAUGGGGUUCUUGGUCUGGUGUAUUGUUUCUGCUAGUAUCU